CUGACCCUCCAUUUCAAUUAUUAACCUUAGUCAUGAUUAAUUUACAAUACCACUGGGGUUAGCAAUAGCCAUGUGCUGUCUGUAUGACUGCGGCCUUGGUCUAACAACCUUACAGUCACACAGCCAUUCACAUUGGUGAAUAAAAGCAAAUCAUGCAAAGUAAACAAAAAAGGUACAUUAUCUUUAACUUGUGCAAGGUACUGCAAAGAUGUUUUAGUGUCCAUCACCUCAUUGUUCCUGUGCAAUGCAGAUAUGUCGUUGUGUUUUGUAAGGUUGUAUGAUGUGAGUUUUUUUCAUUCACCACAUAAAACACGGUUUAUCAGUUCAACCUUAAAAAUUCCAUGUGGUAACAAACGACUGAACUUGUUUUAUUCAACCAAAGUGCUGUAAAUGAAACAAUGCAAAGCAGAAUGUUAGUUUAGACAAACAAACUCAAUGUUUUAGAUCAAUUCAGUCCUCAAAAACACUUCAAAUCAACUUCUGUGCUGUUCCAAUUUUCACAGUGUUGUUUUAAUGAUCAGCCAAAGAAUAAUAAUCACAGUCUGAAAUAAAACGGCAAACUUUACUACUUCAUAGAUUUAUAUAACACAAUGGAUCUGGCUUAAUGCUAGCGGUUGUUAGUGUUUCUGAGGUGACUGUGAUCUGAUCUAGAGCAGGGUUUCUCAAACACAAGUAGGCCUUGAAACACCCUCUGGUGGUCCUCAGGCCUUUACUGAGGGGGUGCCAGUGGUCCAUACUGGGCCUGCAAUGGCAGCUUGUUAUAAAAUAAGAACUGAAUUAAUGAUUAAAAAAAGUAUAAAAUGUUUCCAAACAGAAAACAACACUGAAAGGAGGCCUGCGAAAACAGCACAAAUGAUUUUGUCUCUUUUGUCUAUUUUGACAAAUAUUCUCCCCCCCGAUGUUUCAGCUGUCCACCUGCAACACUACAAACAUAAAAAUUCCACUUAAUUUCUACCGUUCUGCUGAUAUUUUAAUGUGCACUGAUGCGCAUUACGUCUUACAGGAGUGAACACGGUGUGCUAAAAAAUUCCCAAAAAUGAAGUUAAGUAAAAAGCUGAGUUUGUUUUCUUGUAAGCCUUCAUGCUUACCAGAGACAAACAAGUGGGCCUUGAGGUGGAAAAGCUUGAGAACCCCUGUUCUAGAGUGUUUCUGCUGUAGGAACUCCAGUGUUGACGUUCUGAUAGAAUGAAUGUAUUUUAAGAUGUUUCUGUGUUUUUAUAGCUGUAGAGCAUUGUGGGUAUAAAAUGAACUGCUGUGCUGAGUUGAAUGCUUCUGUUAAGAAGAUGUGAAGAGUUUUUAAAGAGUGAACUUGGCCUCUUAAAAAGGUUUCAAUGAGUGUAGUGUUGUCCAGCAGGUGGCGCUGUUUAAUAACGCAUUAUUAUUGUUAUUAUCAGUGGAGGCUGAAUGAAAAGGUGUAUCAUGCCUGUAGAUCAUACUUGCAAAUUAGUUAUUUAAAUACAGUCCUUCACUUUCUCCUCUCCCACAGUCCGACCUUCAGCUCCAUUAAACACUACAGUCACGGCUUAAAGACGAUUAUUAUCAGUGUUUCAUUAUUAACGGUCGGUUCUGCUGAAGAUCUCCGCUUUUACCAUCUUCACUCUCCAAAACAUCCACAACACUCUCGAAUUUGAGGGUCAGUCAUGCAGUCCUGCAGUUCUGCUCUCUGUGUCCUGAUCUUACUGAUCACUACAGUCACUACUAGCUCUGGAUCAGCUUCUCUUUCAGUAACAGUGAAGCUCAAUGACUCUGCUACUCUGCCCUGCUCUGAGAGAUGCUCUGGUUUGGUCACAUGGACUGUGUCCCAUAAACCCACUGAUGUUCUGGCUGAGUGUGAUCAGACUUCAUGUAGAUCAGUGAAGGAGGGAUAUCAGAUGAUCCAUGAUCAGUACCUGAAGGGGAAUCUCUCUCUCACCAUCACUGACGCUGAUUUCACUAAGAGGGACUGGUACACCUGCACCUGCAAUAACAAGGACAUCUGUGAUGUGGCUCUUCAGCUGGAGCCUUUGAGGUCGUCAGUUCAGAUGAAGCCUGGUGAAACUCUGGUUCUGGAUUUGGACGUAUCAGAUCCAGUGGAGGUGAUUUAUAACAGUAGAGCGAAUGGAUCCAGUGGUCACAUCUGUAUAGUGGAUAGAGGCUCACUGGAGUGCACUGUGGAAUACGCACAGAGAGCGUCACUAACGUCUGCUCUUGAGCUGAAAGGAGUGACUCCAUCUGACAGUGGAGUUUACACCAUACAGGUCACCAGGACCGAAGAAGUUAUUCACGUCUAUACAGUGACCAUCCAAGAUGAUCUGCCACAUCCAGACAGAGAUCAGGAGACAGUAGUGCCAGUGUGGGGGAUCAUAUUGCUCAUAUUGCUGGUGGUGCUGAUGGGGGGCUGUUUCUGUAAUGUUGUGGUGUUGCAGCGAAGGAGGAAUAUUAUGCAGCGCUGGAGGAAAACGGAUGGACAGAGAAAAAAAGAGAAAAAAAAAGAGAAGUGGCUGUCCCUUACAUAACUGUACUGAAAUGAUAUGUUUCUAAGCUGUACUGACUCCACACACCCCGUCUCGCCUCCAGGACUUUUAUUUUACUGUUCUGUUUUAAAAUAUUUGGUUA